CCUACGUUGGGUCCGUUGUUGAAAGUCCGCUUGGAUUGGAUCAAAGCGUCAUGGAGAGGUGAUAUCAUGUCGCCUCUGCGUCUUCUCUCAGGCUCUUCUUCUUGUUCCUUCCUUCCUUCUGCAACCUAAACCUCCGUUGAAAUUAAAUUCUGAUUUUGGAAACCCUAGAUCUCCCGAUCUUCUUCUCUCUCUCGCUCUCGUUCAAGCGGUCCUUUUUUCUCUCCCCUUCCUUCACCGAAUAUUAAAAGUUUUUUUUUAAAGGAAUAUAAGUAUCCGUCUUUCACUUCUCUCCGUUGAUCUUCCAAUCUGCUUUUGUUUCUCUUUGAUUUCACCGUCCAAUCGUUGCUGGCACCGAUUAUUAUGGGCAUUAUUUGGACUCCUGUUUUCAGCGUUCUACUGUUGUUGAAUUCGGAGAAUUGGAGAGGUUGAAGUGAAUCUCUGGGACGUUCAGGUGGCUUCCUUUUCUCUUGUUAUUUCCUCUGGAAGCUUGGGUUCUGCUGAUUUAUUCUGGUUCCAAUUUCGUUGAUGGAGCCUCGCGUUGGGAACAAGUUCCGCCUAGGUCGUAAGAUCGGUAGCGGUUCCUUUGGAGAGAUCUAUCUUGGUACUAAUAUCCAGACGAAUGAAGAGGUCGCCAUUAAGCUUGAAAAUGUCAAGACAAAGCAUCCCCAGUUGCUAUACGAAUCAAAGCUAUACAGAAUCCUCCAGGGAGGAACUGGAAUUCCAAAUGUUAGAUGGUUUGGUGUUGAAGGGGACUAUAAUGUUCUUGUGAUGGAUUUACUUGGACCUAGUCUUGAAGAUUUAUUUAACUUCUGUAGUAGGAAACUCUCCUUGAAGUCUGUUCUUAUGCUUGCAGAUCAGAUGAUCAAUCGAGUUGAAUUUGUCCAUGCCAAGUCAUUUCUACAUCGAGAUAUUAAGCCAGACAAUUUCCUUAUGGGUUUGGGGAGGCGUGCAAAUCAGGUGUACAUAAUUGACUUUGGUCUGGCUAAGAAGUAUAGAGAUACUUCAACCCACCAGCACAUUCCUUACAGAGAAAACAAGAACCUGACUGGAACCGCAAGAUAUGCGAGCAUGAACACUCACCUUGGCAUUGAACAAAGCCGGAGGGAUGAUUUAGAAUCUCUUGGAUAUGUUCUUAUGUAUUUUUUAAGAGGAAGUCUUCCUUGGCAAGGGCUUAAAGCAGGAACCAAGAAGCAGAAAUAUGAAAAGAUCAGUGAAAGGAAGGUGUCUACAUCCAUUGAGGCUUUAUGUCGUGGUUAUCCUACGGAAUUUGCAUCCUACUUCCAUUAUUGCCGUUCGUUGCGUUUUGAUGAUAAGCCAGAUUAUGCUUAUCUGAAAAGAAUAUUCCGUGACCUUUUCAUUCGUGAAGGCUUUCAGUUUGAUUAUGUGUUUGACUGGACCAUUUUGAAGUAUCAGCAAUCACAGAUUGCCACUCCCCCUGCCCGUCCCAUUGGUGGUCCUGCUGGAACCAGCUCUGGGAUGCCCCCAGCUACUGCCAAUGCUGACAGACAAUCAGGUGGUGAAGAAGGAAGACCACCUGGCUGGUCUUCAAUGGAUCCUACUCGUAGGAGACUAUCGGGUCCUAUUAUAAAUUCAGGAAGUUUAUCGAAGCAGAAAAGUCCAGUUGCAAAUGAUUCCACGUUGAAUAAAGAUGCUAUGUUGUCUAAUAGUACCUUUUUGGGGCGGACAAGUGGAUCGUCAAGGCGAGCUGCUGUUUCUAGCAGUCGUGAUGCAGUGAUGGUGGGAAGUGAGUCUGAUCCUUCUCGUCCUCGAACAACAGAAGCAAGCCCAGGAGCUUUCCGCAAGGUAGCAAGUGCACAGAGAAGUUCGCCAGUUCCAUCUGCGGAGCAUAAGCGCACAUCUUCUAGCAGAAACCCCUCUAACAUAAAGAACUAUGAAUCAACUCUGAAGGGUAUUGAGGGCCUGAAUUUUGACAAUGAUGAGAGGUUGCAGUAUUAGUCCCACACUGCACUGUCAUCCCUGUCUCGAUCUGGCUCAUGUUCUGUUUCUCCUGUAAAUCAUUAACUGCUAUACUACUGUAACACUUUGGAGUGGAAUUAUUCUCUUUUGAUUAGUGUUUUGGGGGAUGAUGUGAUUUAGAACCCAAGGUACUGACUGGUUGGGAACAACGGUAUGACGCUCUCAAAGACCAUAAAAUAAAAGUCAAGAGAGGAGUCGAGCCUGACCGUAUCCCACCAUGGUAAGGCUGUGUCAAAUACAGGUUGAGGUGUCUGCAUUGAUUCACUUCUAUUAAAACCUUUUCGUUUCAACUGUAACUUCUAUGCUUCAAAUCUUGCCUUCACCCUAUGCUGUGUUUCAUUAAGUGAUGUUACUGUAAGCUGGCCUUGCCUUGUUAGUGAUUUUAUUUUUCAGAUCUUA